CUGUAUUUCAUGUCUCUACAGAUGGCUUCUACUUUGUCCACAGCAGUCAUUAUGUGUCUCUUAUCCUGUUUGAGGGGGAAAAAAAACUAAACUUUUACCCUAAUUUUUCGGGAGGGCUUUUCAUGUGACUCUUGGGCCUCUAAUGUGCUGAGUAGGUUUCAUAACCACAGAGUCAGUGAAACCCAUUAAAAGCCGGUUGUGUAAUUUCUGUGUCAAGUUCAGGUUUGAGGGCCAUUUAAAACUCAGAUGUAGGGAAAGAUGGCGGUCAGUCAGUCCAUGGGAAAUUGUAUCGAUCGCCUCUGUCAUCAGAUCAACCUGCCGGCUCCUGAUCCCCUAAUCCACUACAACCACCAAAUUUCUCAUACAUUUUGACGUCCAACUUUCAUGCUCUUAUGUGUUGGUUCGUUUUUAAUCUCUGUGUUUCCAAGUUGCUGCUCGACCUCUGAGGUUUGAUCUGUGAGUGUUGUGCUUUGCUUCUGUAAUCCUGCCAACCGCCCAUCUCCAUCCCCAUCCCUCCGUCUAUCACUCCAUCCAGGGGAUUUGACUGCCAUUAAGAGAUGGCUUUUUGCUGUGUGUGUGUGUGUGUAUUUAUGGGGUUGAAGCUGAGAGGAUGAGGCGUAAAAACGCAACCACAAACCUUUUUUUUUCUGAUAGAGAACUGUGUCAAGCAGCAGGAGCUCUCUCAGUUACGCCGCUGGAUGUGUAGGGUGCGGACUGAUAUGGGACGGACAGGAUGGACACAUGCGUGAAUAUUUGGAUUGGGACUUUGAACACAUAUGGAUGCAACUAUCUGCAAAUAUCUACAGACUUCCGUUAAUCCUGGCAUGUCCCAGAUGAGAGACUACCGUAAUGACUGUCAUCACUUUCACUGUCUCAGUGCUGUGCCUGCUGCCUCAGGCAGUGCUGGCACGGUGGGCUUGUGUUCGGGCCUGCCCGGCGUCCUGCACCUGCACCCAGGAGAAGAGCUGCAGCGUUCUCUGCGACCGCUCCGGCCUGGCUGAGCUGCCCAAAGAGUUCCCCUGUGAGGCAUCGGCCAUCAACCUGGACAAGAACAGGCUCAAGUUCCUGUCAGAGAGGGCGUUCGGUACCCUGCCCUCCCUCAAGUCUCUCUCUCUGGACCACAACAACAUCUCCUUCAUUACCCCUGGAGCCUUUAAGGGCCUCUCCAACCUGGUAGUGCUGAAAAUGGCCAACAAUGAGUACAUCAGCUACCUUCACACCCGCACGUUUACGGGGCUGAAGAAGCUGGUGCGUCUGGACCUGUCGAACUGUAACCUCUUCAGCAUCCCCGACCGCAUCUUCAUCGAGCAAACAGCGCUGACGGAGCUGCUUUGUUUCCAAAACAACUUCAGGAGGAUCCCAGGAGCCCUCCGGGGAAUGGAGAACCUGACUCACAUCUACCUGGAGAGGAACAAGAUAGAGGCGGUGGCCUACAACUCCCUGCUGGGCCUGGGUAAUCUCAGGUACCUGAACCUCCAGGAGAACCGCAUCAAUGUGAUCCAUGACCAGGCCUUCCAGGACCUUGUUCGACUGGAGAACUUCUACCUCAAUGACAACCUGUUGUCUGAUCUGCCCAGGCUGGCCUUUAAAGGCCUCAGCCGGCUCAAGAUGCUCAACCUCGGGGGGAACCUGUUGACCAACGUCUCAAAGACCUGGUUCAGUGACCUGGUGGAGCUGGAGGUCCUGUACCUGGACAGGAACCAGCUGCUAUUCAUCGAGGAAGGCACGUUCGAGAACCUGACCAGCCUGAUCACGCUCCACCUUAACAGCAACAACCUCACCACCCUUCCCUUCCCCGUCUUCCAGCCCAUCUACUUCCUGGGUCGUCUGUACCUCUUCAGGAACCCCUGGGAAUGUGACUGCUCCCUGGAGUGGCUGAAGGAGUGGAUGGAAAACUACAAGCUGGUGCGGGAUAUUCCGUGCGCGUCGCCUUCCUCCGUGGCUGGACUAGAUCUCAGCGAGGUGGUGUUCGCCAAGGUAAAUGGCACCUGUAUAGACCCAGCAGAGCUCAACCUGACCACGGCUUCCUCAGAGAUCAUGUCCACCACGGAGAACCGCUUCAACAGCCUCAUCUCCAAGCUGCUCCAGCAGGAGCUCAGGGAGGAGAUGGGGAACGGUACGGAGAGCCUUCGCAACGGCACCCAACUGGAGCAGGAAGAUGGGGAGCUUUCUGCAGGGGUCGCAGGGCAACAAGCUAGCGCUAGCCAGUCACUCCUCUGCUUCGCUGGGGCGUGGCUCAUUUUUGGCUUCAUCGGAGUCUCAGAUUUUCAUUUCUAUUUUUAUUGCACAUGAGAAAUGUGGAGACGAAACAAGAUGGAGUAGCUUUUUGAAGUUGCAGAUGAGAUAAAUGCUGUUGUCCAAGUGAGGUAUGAAGAAAUAUCCCUUGUUGAAUAUGUGGGUGUGAGUCUGCUCUGCCAAACGUAGCAUUUUUUGAUGUCAUUUGGCUGAAACUAAUGAGUAUUGUUAGCUGAGAAAGACUGGCAUUGUUGAGGCAUCAUUUAUUUUUAGAAUAAUCUACUCAUAUAUGCCGUGUUGAGAUAAAAUAUGUACAAAUGAUGGUUUCUGAACAGCUAAGCCAGCGUCACGUUUUGCAGGAUUAAGCGGGUGUUGAUGAAAAUGUAUAUGUGAACAUGCAGUGUUUUGUUGCAUAAUGCUCAUUUUUUUAAUUAAUAUUAUGUAAUAUUCAUAGCAUUACAUAGUCUGUUACGAGUGUUUUUCUUUUCUUUUUUUAUGUAUUUUCAGUCACAUCUGAGUCAAAGUCAAAGGACCUGAGAGCUCGUGUAGUUAUCUCUGAAACAGAUGUGUCCUCUCUGCUCGUCUCCGUUCAUUCAACUCUAAAUGUUUCUGAUUCUGCAGCUUUUUUCCGUAAAUGCAUUAAUCUUCUUAUUUCAUGCGGCUCAGUGUCGUCGCUGCUCGUGUAUGCUGCAACUUAAUGGAGGGACUUUCUCGUUGAUUCUGCCUCCUGUGGAUGGACUGUUUUCACGGGCAUGAUCUCUCUCCAUAUUAUGGGGUUAUGGGUGUGACUGCCAUAUGGCGGAGCUGUGCAUGGGGGGGGGGGGGGGGGGGGUAGAAUAGUGUCUCUUUUGGGAUAAGCUUUCAUUAUAUUUAAAUAAAUAUAUUAACAUCUUCUCCACGCUGCAGCAGUUAUUUAUGUGCAAGGAUUUCACCACCAGCCGCUACGCUCUUUUCCCUCUGCUCAUUGUCAGUAGUUUGCUCAGACAGGCAGUGAUCCAGUUCAGUGAUGUAAGUAGACAGAACACUAUGUCACCUGAUAUAUUUUUCUAAAUAAAUAAAUAAGAAAAAAAUGGUUGCUGUUGAUCUUUUGAUGUGUCUGCUCACUACUUUCAUCCUGAGUCGAGGGGUUGACCCGUUUCAGUGAGUGAACAACAGUUAAUCUGGGAUUUGACUGC